AUGCCGUCGUCGCGCGUCAGUAAUUCAGCGGCAACUUGCCGCGCCACUCGUGCGACUGCUGCCUUCAAGGCGGCGCGAACGUCGCGAUGGUCCGCUUCUUCCUCGUCGUCGUCGCGUGGCCGCUACUAUCAUAAUGUUGUGCCGCUUCUCCUGCCGCUGCUGCUGGCGGCGCUGCUCGUGCCGCGAGCGGCGGACGCGGCGUGCUCGCGCGUGCGGCAGGUGGUGGUGGUCGGCGCUGGCAUGUCGGGCGUUUCGGCUGCUUACCGCAUCGUCACCGCCACCGGCGGCGAAUGCUUUAAUGUGACGGUGGUGGAGGCGCGCGGCGGGGUGGGCUGUUGCACGUGGUGUGCAAGCCUAACAGUCUCUCUUCUCUCUCCAUUCUCCGACGCGCGCAGAAAGUAUGUUUCCAUCUCUUCCUCUUCUCCCUUCCCCCUUGUCCCCCUUCCUCCCCCCGUUCCUCUUCUCCCUUCCCCCUUGUCCCGUUCCUCCCCCCGUUCCACUUCUCCCUUCCCCCCUGUCCCCCUUCCUCCCCUCGAACCUCCUUCCUCCCCCUUCCCCCCAGGUGACGGUGGUGGAGGCGCGCGGCAGGGUGGGGGGGCGCAUGUGGAGCCACCUCUAAUCCCUUCCGCCUGCCUCUUUCCCCCCUUCCCCCCCAGGCGCGCGGAAGGGUGGGCUGGGCUCUCAUCUCUUCCGCGUGUCCCUUUCCCCCUCCUCAUCCCCCUCCCCCAGGUGACGGUGGUGGAGGCGCGCGGAAGGGUGGGCGGGCGCAUGUGGAGCCGAACGGAGGCCGCCCCUGCCGGCUCGCCCACUGCGUUCCUGCGAGGCGAGAUGGGCGCACAGUGGAUCGAGGGCGCCACAGGUAACGCACUGCUUACCACACCACCACAGGUAACCGCCACAGGUAACCAAUUACCACCACCACAUGCAACAGGUAACCUGAUGGGCGCGCAGUGGAUCGAGGGCGCCACAGGUAACCCGGUUACCACUCUGGCUCGGAAAUUCAAGCUCAAGAUUGCGCAGCAGAACGGGCGAGAAAUACAAUUCACAGCCAAUGGGAGGAGGUACGGGGACGCCGAGUGGGCGGCAGCGGAGGCGGAGUAUCAGACGUUGGUACGGCAAGCCUUGGCCUGGGCGGGCAAGCAGAACAAGGAUGUGAGCCUGCAGCAGGCGUUCACCAGCGGGCCGUGGAAGCGAAAGAUGUUCUACAAGCCGUAUGCUCAGGUAAUGUGGUGGGGGUGGGGGAUGGGGGAGGUAAAGUGGUGGGGGGUGGGGGAUGGGGGAGGUAAUGUGGUGGGGGGUGGGGGAUGGGGGAGGGGGGAGAGAAGGGAUGUGGGAGGAGAGGAAGUGGAGGUGGGGGAGGAAGGGGGGGUGGGAAGGGGAAAGGCAGGAGGAAGGGGAGGGGUAAGGGGAGAGGGAAGGGUUGGGAGCGGGAAAGAGAGUAACCCAAGGAAUGUUGUGUUUCCCUGUCCCCCGCCAGUCCCGCCUGGCAGUGGACUACGAGUUCAACUUCUCGCACCUCUCUCUCAUCACACCCCCCUUCAUGUGUCCCGCCUGGCAGUGGACUACGAGUUCAACUUCUCACACCUCUCUCUCAUCACACCCCCCUUCAUGUGUCCCGCCUGGCGGUGGACUACGAGUUCAACUUCUCGCACCUCUCUCUCAUCACACCCCCCUUCAUGUGGUUCUUUCUACCCUCCCCUUCAUGUGUCCCGCCUGGCGGUGGACUACGAGUUCAACUUCUCGCACCUCUCUCUCAUCACACCCCCCUUCAUGUGUCCCGCCUGGCGGUGGACUACGAGUUCAACUUCUCGCACCUCUCUCUCAUCACACCCCCCUUCAUGUGUCCCGCCUGGCGGUGGACUACGAGUUCAACUUCUCGCACCUCUCUCUCAUCACACCCCUCUUCAUGUGUCCCGCCUGGCGGUGGACUACGAGUUCAACUUCGGCACGGCGCUCUCGCACCUCUCAGCUUGGUACUACGACUCUGAUGCCUUCGACCCGCCCACCAUGGUGGUUACCAACGGAUAUGACAACAUCCCCAAGAUGCUCAUGCAGGAAGCACAAGGAAAGGGAGCAAAGCUGCUACUCAACUUCGAAGUAACCGCCAUCUCGCAGUCCUCCACCAGCGUGCAGAUCACCGGAAAGAACACCGCCAGCGGCGCCACCUCCACGCUUUCAGCCGAUGUGGUGAUCGUCACAAUCCCUCUCGGGGUGCUCAAGGCCAACACCAUCGCAUUCUCCCCAUCCCUCCCCCCCCGUAAAACCGGCGCAAUCUCGCGCCUGGGCGUGGGCGCCAUUGCGAAAAUAUUUUUCUUUUUCAACCAAACCUUCUGGCCGGUCAACGUGGACGAGUAUUUCAUCGAAGAUUCACAGCUGCCCGCAAAUCGCGGGCGGUGGGUUGACUGGGUGAACCUGAAGCGCGCGUGGGGGCAGACGGCAUUGGAAGGCGUAGCUUUAGGGGAGUAUGCGGAGAAAAUGGCUACAAUGAGCGAUGAGGAAGUGAUUAACGACGCCAAGGCGAAGAUGGCGCGCAUGUUCCCGCAGUACCGCAAGAAGCCGCUUGAGCCGCUGGCCACUUGGAUCCAGCGCUGGACUGCCGAACCGUAUUCGCGGGGCGCGUACAGCUAUGCGCGCGUGGGCGUGCGGGGGAACGAGGAUCACUGCACGGACUAUGAUGUGAUGGCGCUGCCCGAGGGGAGGGUGCUGUUUGCGGGGGAGCACACCAUCUGGCAGUACCAGGCCACCGUGCAUGGUGCCCUGCUCUCCGGUGUCCGCGAGGCCAAGCGCGUUCUCAGGAACUUCUGA